AUGGACGCAAAUAUGUCGACAUCCGCUCUGGGUGAGCCACAACACCUGGGCAUUGGCUUCUACCUGCUCCCCUUCGCCACGUUCCUAUGCUUCCUCGUCCCGGUCCUCUACAUUUUCCCCCCGAUCCCGGCCACGACCAGCGACGCGCUGCGCUCAACUCACACCAAGAUUGGCGUCUCGCCGCCAGAGAGCAACCUCCAGGACCAGUACUCCGUCUCUGGUAAGUCCGACAACACUAGCAAUGCUGGCAAUGCUGGCGGCGGCCCCGUCGCCCGGGUCAAGGCGCUCUGCGUGUACCCCAUCAAGUCGUGCCGCGGCAUCGAGGUCACACAGAGCAAGCUCCUACCCACAGGCCUCGAGUUUGACAGACUGUACACCUUUGCGCAGCUCAAAUCCCGCUUCCCCGCCGCCGUGGACGACUCGGCCGAGGACAAGGACCAGCACUCGUGGGAAUUCGUCACGCAGCGGCAGUUCCCGCUGCUGGCGACCGUCAAGGUGGAUGUGUACGUCCCCGACGCGACAAAGAGCACGGUGUUCAUGGAGAAGUCCUCGGAGGCGUGGAUCGUGAUGCGGUUCCCCUGGCGGGAGCCCGGGUUCAGGGGCACAAUGCAGUGGGUUGCGGCCAAGAUCCGGGACGGGUGGCGGGGCGUGCCGGAGAUGGAGGUCCUGUUGCCGGUCGAGUUCCCUACCGAUGGGGAGAUUGCGGAGCGUGGGUACACCUACGAGGACGUGAAGGUGUGGAAGGAGAUGGUGCCGGCGCUCAAUAUGGAGAAGGAGCUUCCGGGGGAGCUGAGCCGGUACCUGGGCGUCAGCAACAAGUUGGCGCUGUUUAGGGUCGAUCCGGGGCAGCUGAGGGAGGUGUAUCGGUGUGCGCCGAGGAAGGAGGAGGCUGGGUAUCAGCCCAUUGUUGGGUUCCAGGACGCUUAUCCCCUGCACAUCAUGAACAUUAGCAGUCUCCAGGACUUUGACGCCCAGGUGCCCAAGGACGACGAACUCAAGCAGACUGAUGUGAGGAGAUUCCGGUCGAACAUCAUUGUCUCUGGUGCGCCUGCGUAUGACGAAGAGUCGUGGAAAUGGGUCAACUUCACUCAGGGCACCUCCAAGGUCACCAUUCCGGCAAAGUUCCAAGUCUCUUGCCGUACCGUCCGCUGCAAAAUGCCAAACGUCGACCCGGUCACCGGCGCCCGCCACGGCGUCGAGCCGGACAGGUCCCUCCGCAAGCUCCGCGAUGUCGAUGAGGGCGCUCAGGGCAUGGGGUGUCUGGGCAUGCAAAUGUGCCCAGUCUUUGAGGGCACCGACCGCGUCGAGUACAUGCAAGCCUGGCUCGAGGUCGGCAUGGACGUCUCUGUGCUGGAGCGCGGUGAGCACGUUUAUAUCAAGCAGUGA